AUGGAGCUAUCACCUCAUUGCGCAUUCAAGACACCAGAUCAUCUUCUGUGCAUAUAUGAGCUGGAAAAACGACAGGAAGCAGCAAUCCAGCUCGAGAGCUAUAUCGAACGAGAGGUGUCAGAUUUUCGCCUUCGCGCAGAAGAUGUUUCAACUAUUUUGAUGGCACCUAUUGAGCAUUUUGAGCCUGGCAAUGUGUUUUCAGUGCAUCGUUUCGCACGCAACGGCAUUACACACUAUCCGACCCUAGGAUUAUAUAUGAAACGGUAUCUUGAUGGUAUUGCAUCAUUGUGCAAGCACUACCUAGUCCAUCAGGGCGAAGAAAACACCAUCGAUCCAAAGACAGGACAAUCGGUAAUCCGGAUAUCAAAACCAUCGCCAGAGCUUCAAGAUCACGUUCCAGCGAAGUCAGGGACUUCGGAAUCUGAUAGCGAACCGGACCCUGAUAUGAAUUUUACCUGGGACACGCCCACUUUCAGAACUAAUCUCAAACUCGAUGAUCAUGUUCGCGACAGAGAAGAAGAAGCUAAAUGCCUGGAACGCGACGGCAAAGCCUGUGUUGUGCUUGGCACAGAAAAUCCAAUGGUCAGCCACAUCAUUCCAUAUACCUGGAACGACACCAAGGAGCAUAACAACACGACUGGAGAUAUCAAGAUGCGCGCCCCUGGCUUAUUCAGACUUAAUAUCAACGGUGCCGCUAGUUACGUCUGCAAUCCACACGAGCUGGGUGGCACUGAUAAAGUAUGGAACAUGAUGUGCCUUCAUCCCAAGUUGCACAAGCUGUGGGCUAAAGGCUACUGCGCAUUUAAGCACAUCUGCACCAAGCAUUGCGAUGAGAACAAAUCAAAAGUCACCUUGCAGUUCCGAUGGAUGCCGCAAAUCAAGAAGCGUCUUGGUCAAGAGAUAGACGUCUAUGGCACCGGCCCAGGAAGUGACUGGCAACAGUGGAUCGAAGAGCUCAAUACGUUCCAUGAUCAAGGUAAUCCACCCCCGGCUCCCUGCCAAGAAGCACUUCGACAUCUCACCAAGUCCGGGGAUCCUCUACUCUCAGGACACCUCAUUCAUAUACACAUGCCAACAGACGACACAAAACGCUUCGGAGAGGUUAUCGACAUUCAGUGGGCAUGUAUCCUGUUCACUGCGUUAGUUGGCGCCGCAGGCAAUCCAGAAUUGCUUUCGAUGGACUCAGGUGAUAAGGCUAUGCAGUGGAUUCAGAGCCAGGCUAGGUGGGCUGAUGAACAUGAAUAUGAAUCUGACUGA